AUGGCUGGGUUGCAGAGAUCUGAAAUCUCGUUCAGGAGGCAAGGCUCAUCAGGACUGGUAUGGGACGAUAAAUUUCUAGGAGAAUUGAAUCGAGCACAAAGAGAAGACGAAAUCAAAUCUCAAGACCAUCAACAACAAGACGAACAAGAAGAACAUCAUCAAGAUCAGCAGAUCAAAGACGCGAAACUUUCGGUAGCCGUUGGAUCAAUCGAACGCAGCCGAUCCAACGGCGGCGGACGAGGCUUCCGCACCGGCAAGGUUUCGCCGGCGAUUGAGCCGCCCUCUCCAAGGCUCUCUGCGUGUGGAUUUUGCAGUGCUUUUGGGAAAAACGGCGAGACUCGUCGCCGACCUAAGUCCGGUAAGCAUAGAACAUAG